GGCUGAAGAGGAGGAGAAGGGAGACGAGCUGAUAGACCCCGGAGCAACGGCCUGGAAUGUCUGAGGUGUAAACCCCCACUACCAAGGGCGCUGAUAUGGACCAAACCCCACCCCCGCCAGCAGGAGGCAUACUGCCCACCAGCCCGCUGGCCAAAGCGACGGACACCUUGUCUGGGGAUGACACCGCCAACACAGCGGUCAUCGCAGUGGUCAUCACCGUGGUGUUCGUCACCAUGGUCUCGGCGCUCGCGGUGAUCGUCAUCUACCUGUACAAGAACAAGGGGACGUACGUCACCUACGAGGCCCCCGAGGACGGUCCCGCCGCCUCCGUGCAGGUGGAGAGCAGCGGCCCCAGGCCGGGGAAAGAAGAGUAUUUCAUCUGACCUCCCGGCCGCGCCGGAUUGGACCGGGGACCGUAGAGGGGUCGGCCACGGACCCCCGAAACAGAGUACCGGCCUCGGGUCGGGGGGCCAGCUGGAGACCUGAGACAUUUGGGGAGGGGCGUCACGGUCUUCGGAAGACGGAAGCGCAUUUGGGGACCACUCCCCCUUUUAGACUCCCCCUUUUAGACUGUGAGCCCACUG